AUUGCUCAUGGCCAAUGCCCGAAGGGGUGCAGAAGCAGUACGAGCGAUUCCGCGAGCGUUUGAUUGAGGGUAUGCCCAAAGAGGUGACGGUUCUACUUCUGACCAAAUGCCAGGCUUGGUGUGUUUGAUUUUGAUAUGUUGAGAGUUCAUGCACAACCGCGGUGAUUUGGUAGCAAAUGUAGCGGAGGCCUACAUCUACCCCGCCAGCACCUUGCACUGCACCAUUUGCACCUUCCGUGCAUUCACUGCAGGGCCCUUGGAGGACACGAAGGCCGUGGAGCGCUGGCUGCAGGUCUUGGACAAAGCUCAAAAAUCGCCGGAGUGGCCCAAAGGCGCCUUCCGUUUGCGAAUGGGACGCCCCACACUGGAGGGCUCGGCGGCAAUCUUCCGCUACGAAGACUUGGAUGGCCACAUCCACAGCAUGCGCUCUGCGUUGCGUGGGGCAAUUCUAGAGGCCGGUGGCGAAGCGGCUGAAGGC